AUGGAACAUUCUGACACCAAUGGUUUAGUUAAUGCACUUAGUGCUUCUUCGCGGAAGGAGCAUGAGCUUUUGACAUGGACUACAGACAAACUCAGUAAAAUUGACGAGUUUGACGUGCAACCUGCAAAUCACAUCAGAAUAGAACUUCAACAAUUUAUAAAUGACCUUGCGAAUGAUCGGGACUCUUCGCUCACAAUGUCACUCGUAAUGUGCCGGCAGAUUUCGAGCUUGUAUACUUGGAGCAUGAGAAGCGUUGCCGAUAAUGAUUUAUACGAUUCGGCUCUUCAUUUGGCAAGCAUACUGUGUGAAGAAGAUCUGGCGCAGUCAAAGACCAAAAAAAAGAGCAAGGCCAAAACGCAUGUUUACUCACAAGCCAAGUUGUUGAGUGUCGUGAGUCUUACUCUUCUUGUUGAAAGCCAUCCGCAACAACUCACAUCCAUCCUUCCCUUAGUGCUUCCCGAGGUACUUAAAAAUAUCAAAAAAGCACUGGAAAAGGAGAAGUACAUGCAUGCGGUCUAUUUAACACAAUUGAUGUUUUUCGUCUCUGCUGCUUACAAAACUUCAGGGAAUAUAGACCCAGCCAUAACGGUGAAGGUUACCAAAAUUGCCAAGCAUGUUCUGGACCGUGUAAGGACAGAUGAUCAAUCACUACCAAAACCUUUUGUGAAUUCCAUAAUUCGCACAUACACACAUCUUUACAAAGAUUGGAAAUUCGUAGAGUCACAAACAUCAGGCUUGCCACUCGAAUUUCUGAAAACUAGGUUCUUCCUCAGUGGGUAUGGUCUCCAUGGGCUAUCCACUGAUGAGCUGCGCCAAGAGACUAGCAAAUUUCUUGGUGAAAUUUUACACAACUGGUGUUUUCAGAGAAAGUCGAUUUCUUUGAAUGACGCAAUCGGCUUUUUCAGUGAUAUUUUCGUGACGGUCCAAAACCGCUCCGUAAGAGCAGGCAUCUUUGAAGGUUUGGCCCAUUUCCUAGGCCUCACUAUGUCAGAUGAUUGCAAGGUUUUGGAAGAUGGAAUGUACUUAGAGGUUGUUUCAAAGCUUGCGUAUUCAAUCUUCGGAGACCGUUCAAUAAAGGAACAGAAGCUUGACAAUCUUUCCAAAUACAUGAAGUUUUUUGAAUCUCUACACUUGUUAUUUUUGCGCUAUAUGUCUGAGUCAGGUAGGUUGCUCAUGCUGUAUUCGAUAUUCGAUUGUGGAAAGGACGAUUCGAAACGUCUACUCGAAGACAAAGAUGGCGAAGUGUUAUUUCCGACAAUAGUUUUCUUAACUCUCGCCGGUCUUUUAAUGGACGACCUUUCGUCUACCUUUAUCACCAAUAGUCGCAACGUGCUAGUAAUAAAGUCAAAACUGUUAGAGCUGUCGGCCAGUAAUAACUUCCAAAUCCGGGUACAUGCAACCAAAUGCCUGCAAACAUAUCUCACACACGCUCCACACCUAAUAUCUGGUGUUCUUCAGUCAUCUUUGGACUUACUGACCAAUGAACUAUUCUCUGCCUCCAAGUUUUCAUUUUCGAAGUGUCAUGGGUACACGUUCUUGCUUGCAAAUCUUGUUCGGGUUUGCAAUGCUGAGUACGUACCUAGCGAACUAGUGAUGCGAGUGAACAUUUUUGCUACAACAAUUUUGAAAGAUCAUCCACCAAGUGGGGGAUUAACGUCAUACAACAAACAGCUAUUUUCUUGGAUUUUGCUUUGUGGCUUUAUGAAUUAUAGCGAUGUUGAACUUCUCAAAAUCCAAUCAUCCCAACUAUUUCUUUUCUGGAAGGCUAUCCUAACGCACAGUUACUCUUACAGGGACGAGGAUGAACUUUACAAAAACAUCGAGCUAAGGAACCACGCGUUAGCAUGUUUGCUGUCUUACCUUAACCAAAUCGAUCUGGAUGCUGACGUUGCGAAGCAGGUCUUUUUUCUCUUAACGAAAUGCUCUACGUUCAACAACUCUAUUCAACUCAAGAAUAAAACUAUCGAUAACGUACUAUUGCAAAAUGAAAACAGGAUACUUCAAAUUUAUCUUAAGAUCCAUGAGUUUGUCAAGAAAGAAUUCAAUAGUGCUGUUUUAAUCCUCAUUGUCAAGAAUUUCGCAGAUCCUAACUUAUACUAUGAGGGUCGCCUCCCCAUAAGUAACCACACUUCCGCGACUAAAGAAGGAUCGCUGAAACGGGACGUCUCCGAUCCCGAAGUUUUGAACCUCGAGUCUUUGUUACGCGAUGAGUCAGGGUUUGCUUAUGGACUUUCCAGCAAAAUUUACGAUUUUAACAUUGACGAACUGAAAAUAAAGAACGUAAGCGAGCUAGUGCCGAAGAACUUGAAGCCCUGGGAUGGAGGCCGGGAUUACUGGUUCGGUCCUUAUGAGAGUGAAGUUUACACACCAAUUUCGUCCGUGUUGUCGUAUGAUAGUCUCGUCCUUCUGUAUGGGCCAGAUGGCUAUACCAGUAGAGAAAAAUACUGCCCCCGUGUGACGACAUCCAUUGUAAACUCUUCCAUAGAAGUUUUCAGUCUCAUUUUCCCAUUUCUUAACGAGAAAAUUCAGUAUUCCGUUCUGGAAAGCAUGAAUUCUUCUCUAUUCUCCAAGAAGACCGUCACUAUGAGGUCGAUAGCUGUUGCGUCAAAUUGUUGUGUGGCCCUUCUUGGUGGACUCGAAAUAGUCCAAAGAAAUGACAUCAAGUUACAGGUACCUGUUGCAAACUUGAUGCUGAAAAUGCUGAAAGAUAUACCCACUCUCAACGACGAAUUAAUGACAAGACUAAAAGCGGAAUGUGCGGGAUUGAUUAUUGCGUCCACUUCUUCUAUUAAUGAAUCUGAACUAGGUUCCGAGGGCUCGUAUUCCGCUGAGAUAUCAGAUGUGAUGGUUAAGAACAUUUUAGAUCAUGAUGAUCCCUAUUCGAGAGCUUUCAACAUUUUGGGUAUAUGCCGAGGUUUCAAGCAUAGACGCCGAAAGCUCAAUUUUUGGCAUACAUUAGAUCUAGUUGAAAAAUUGAUCAAAGACCCCCACCCAAUUGUUCAUACUUGGUCGGUCGAGGGGCUUUCCUUACUUGUAGAGGGAGUUUCUGUAUUGGACGUGCCCACAGCCUCCAAGAUAAUUUCUCUUCUCGAGUUUCUUAUUGUCAAUGAAAAUUAUGGUAAAAACUCAACUGAGGCUUGGGGCCUAAAUUACAGCUGCAAGUUUGACUCCCAACGUAUUAUUGCGAAAAUCGUUUCUUCAAUAACGCAGAUUCUCGGUCCAGAAGUUAAGAUGCUGUCUCCUACAACCCUAGAGGAGUUCAGGAAUCUGGUUUAUGUUAUGAUGACCUCCUGUGACAGUAUCGAGUGCUAUUAUGGCACUUGUGUCAUCACGAAUUUAGCUGCUUUCAAAAUGCUAGAUAUUGUCGAUCCUAUUUCCUUUACACCAUUGGCUAUGUUGUUUAUGGAGCGAGCUCUUAGUAUAAGUCUUGACUCCCGUUCAGGCUAUGAACUUUUUCCCACAAACGCAACACAUUUUCGUGGAGCGUACAAUAAAUUACUGAUCGAGGCCGUUUUCGAAUUAAUGGAUCAGCUCGUUCGACUAGAUUUGUUUGACAGAACAUUUCAAAAUAUUGAGAACAAGGUGUGGCACUAUUUUUCAGUUUUUCCGGACUGCAAAGCUGCGAAAGCUUUUUUGAAAGAAUGGUUUAUUCACACAUCCAGUUUCGUCUUGCCUUGGCUGGACAAGCUUUACAACCUUUUCUUCAUAACUCGGCAACAGCUCGCGAACUUGACCACGGGCGGGAAAGAAGUAGGACAAGUUGAUCGGAGUACCAAGGCCGAGGAUAGGGGGGCUUUGUCAAGUUCUGAGAUCAUUGACGUGGAAGAAAAGGCAUUUACUUCUGAAUCUGGAACUGUUUCGAAAGUUGACGCGUUGUCGUGGCAGUUCAGGUUUUUUGUGCUAAACCUCAUGGGGAUCUUGUUCUCCGAGGAAUCAAGCAAAAUGCGGGGAUCGACUUUGAAGUCUAGGGUUCCGAAAAUCAUUAAGCUGUGUUUCACGGCUUCGGCUAUGAAAAAUACAGAAAUGAAAAGAAGAGGAUUAGAAUUGUUGGGUGCUGUCAUCGAUACAUUUUCAGCUUCAGAAGAGUCUGUUGUUACAUCGAGUUUAAACGACGAAGAAGCACACAUCGUUAGUGCUUUAAUGCCUGCUUUUGACGAAGGAAGUUCGCCCGCUAUUUUACCCAUCGCGAUAAGUACCUGUGCGCAGUAUUUGUGUUUAUGCUAUUCAGCAUCAAAAAAAAGUUCGAGAGCAGUUGAAAUUUUGGUAGGUUCGCUUGCCGAGGUAAUGGAAAAACCAGACAUUUUUAGCUGUGGAGAGGUCAAUGUCUGCACCUCUAACGGUAAAAGCAGAGUUGAGAUUGCUGUUUUGAACUCUUGGGCUUUGAUUACGCUGGCAGCGGUUGAAAAACAGAAUUUUGGCUUGAUUGAGCUGUCACAACCAUUUUGGAAUACACUAGUUCCCUUGUGGAUAAUAUUUUUGAGGGAAUUUAUCAGUGCUAGAAAUAUUGGAAGAAGCAGUUCUUCGAUUUCAGUUACUGUGGAAGCAAUUGCCACGAAUCAAGAUAUUAUGACAUAUGAGAGUGUAUGGAUUAACCUCACAGAGGCGGUAUGUUGUGUCCACUCUGAAAACCAAGAUAUCUUUUCAUCUUGUCUAUCAAAAGACGAUCUUGAAAGUUUUGUUUUUGUCGUUUAUGCUCAGUCUUUGCAACACUUGACAUUGAAUUUUGAAGACGAAAAGAUCAAGCUGAGAACACUAGAUGGUAUUUGUCAUAUCAUUCAGAUUGAUACAAAAUGUGAGCAGUUGUUCAACGAAGAAAAUAUUGAUGAGGCGGUCGAAGUCUUUGAAAGAGUUGUAUUGACUGGAACAACUCCACAACUAUUCAAGCUCGUUGAUGUGAUUGAAGGUUUGGCUCUAAAAUUCUUCGAGUCAAUGAGCGAAGAAAAUAACUUCAUUGAAAGUGCAGGUAAGAUUUACCUUCUAUUAAGAGUUAUAAUGAUGAUCAUUACUUCCAAAAUUCCUUUUCUUAAAGGAGAUGCUUUAGAGAAAUCGUCUUGUGGCCUGGAUUCUGGAGAGAAAAGGAUGCUGAGCAAAUGCUUUUGUUCGAUAUCUAAGUUGUUGUGCAAAUUUCCGCCAGAGUUCAGAGUUGAUCUCUGCGCCUGUAUGUUGUACAUUGUGGGACAAUGUUUCCAGUCUGAAGAUCAUGAAUCGCUAGCGCCUGUCGUCUUACCCCUUCUCGAACAAAUAAGAAGUAUUGUUGAUCCAAGCCAAGAGGAAAAAGCUCUCGUUGAGAUAUUCUUCAAAGCUGAAAAAAGCAUAAUUCUGACAAAAUUGAACACUGAUGUGAGUUUGUCGGUGCUUUAUUUGCUGAGAGACGUUUCCGGCUCUUUCUUUACAGAGGCUGAUGUGGGGACGAUUGUUGAAAUGUUAUCUUCUAGUUUGUUGAAAUGCACAUGCCCCAAAACGACGUUGGCUUUGUUCAAUGGCUACCUUGAAGAAAGCGGUGAUGUCAUGAGUUUCAGAGAAAUUGUGCGUCGUUACGUCGCGCGUCUUUUUGCUUUCGUUCAAAAUAGAGAGGAAUCGACCGACGUCAAAAGCAUUCAUCUUGCUGUUGAUCUUUUGAUGUCUUUCACCCGCAAUACGUGUGAGAAAAAGACAGAAAUCCAGUUUCCGCUGAUAAGGCUUAUUUUUACUGUGCUGUUAUCGCUCUACGAAGGAAAUUUCGAGCUAAGAAGUUUUGUUGUCUCGAAAAUCACGGAAUUGUUCCGAUUUUUCACUGACGCCUGCAAACUCGUUGUUACACAGCAUCUCGACGAAGAUCAGAAGCGUGUCUUUUCGAAUGUUGUAUCAGCAUCUAGUAAGGCAGACGGUGAAGAUGUGGCGUCGAACCGCAAUCAGAUAGAACUGCGGUCUUUUGUCUAA